AUGUUGGACGAUGAAGAUGACCAAAGCUUUCACGCUACGCGUGAUGGCUACUCCCAUUUAAGCGAUGUCGAAUGGGAUGCGGUUGAACGGAUGGGUUCAGCCAUGGGCAUCCAUGCUGUUAGCGUCAUGCUAGAGGCUCUCAAUAGAGAUGUCCAACAUGCUACUAUCGCCAAGUUCAUUCAAAAUGAACUUGACGCUGAACGCAAACAGCAGCAGGCUGCUGCUGGUGGGUCGAUGCACUUGCGUCGACCCGAGACCUUGAAGAUUGACAUCUCCAAGUAUAGGGGAGUCGAAGAGGACUCCCUCUUGAGAUGGUUCGUCGAAUUGGAUGACGCCAUAAGGGCGCGUCGCAUCGACGACGGGGAAAUGCAAGUUGCAUUUGCCCAAUCAAAUCUCGCAGGACGUGCCAAGACUUGGGCACUGGGGCUCAAGUUGCACGACCCAUAUGCGUUGGAAGUCUUCAAGUCGCGGCUCAGACAAACGUUUGAACCGCCGGGAGCUAAGUUCAGAGCUCAAACCGAACCCUUGAAGAUCAAACAGGGUAAGCGUGAUGUGCACGCUUACGCGCAACAUAUACGACACCUUACGAGUUGUAUACGUGCCGACCCGGUUGAUCAGCGCACGUUGGUUUCGGUGUUCAUGCAGGGUCUUGCGGAUGGUCCCAUCAAGACUCACCUGUUCCGACUUGAACUGGACUCACUAGAACAAGCCAUUUCUAUGGCGGAACAGAAAGACUGA